AUGACUUUAAACAAGUCUUAUCCUACUAAGAAUUUAGAGAAUACGGAGAAUGAGACGAACAAAACAAAUGUAACAUUGGAACAUUAUACUGUGAAGAAAUACGAGGAGCUGAAAUAUUUACAAUUCGAUAUAGUAUAUAAUGAAUAUGUUAAGAAACAUAAUAGAAUAGUUACUGAAAUGUUAAAUUUAUCUGCUAAAUAUAAUUUAUCAGAACUUCCAAAAGUUAUUGUUACUCAACCAGACAUGGGGACGGGAUACGGAAAUCGUAUAUCUGCAAUAGUUUGUGGUUUUCUAUAUUCAUUAAUUACUGAUAGGCUAUUUUUUAUUGAUGGAUAUAAUAAUUUCGAAGAUUAUUAUGAGAAAGAUUUCGAUCAUGAUUGGAAAAUUGUUACAAACUUGUACGAAAAUAAAAAUAGUACUUCUAGAUAUAUACAUGAUUAUAAUAUAUAUAAUGACUUUCAAUUGGUGACGAGAGGAAAUAUUAGUAAUGAAGAAAUAACUUCACACAAAAUUUUAUAUGUCCGCACAUGGGAUUAUGUAUGCGCUCCAAUAACGUCAAAUCCUCAUUAUAAAAAGUGGUUUGAUAAAAUGAUACCCGAUUAUAGAGUUUUUACAGCAAUCAGUCUAAAAUUAUUAAGAUUACACCCAAAUAUUAGCAAACAAGUAGAGACUUUUGCAAAUAAUAAUUUUAACGAUUAUAUAAUAGGUAUUCAUUUAAGAGAGAAAAAGUCACCAUAUAAUAUGAUAAUACCUGUAGAGCAUUAUAGUCAAGCAGUGAAAAUGUUAUUGUUAGGAAUGAAAAACACGAAUAUAACUAUCUUUGUGGCUGCUGAUAGUAAUAAUGGUCGCAACAAAUUAGUAAAUUCACUUCGUGAAGUAUUUAAUUCUCAUAGUAAUAAUUCUAUUAAUAUAGUUCAUACUGAAGAAGAUAUGGAUUCACCAAAUCCUGUUAGUUUUAGGAACACUGGUUCAGAAGUAGGCGCUCUUAUCGAUAUGAAAUUACUUAGUUUAUGUGACGACUUGUUGAUUACAUAUGGUUCAUCAUUCGGUUUUACUGCUGCAGGAUGGUCGCGAAAAGCAUCGCGUCAAAGAGGCCCAUUUGUAGUAAUGCCAAUAAAAAACUCAAAAAAUGAUUUAUUGGUUAUAGAUAAAGUUUGGGUAUGGGGUGCUAUGUCAAAUGAGCCGUGUAUGUACUUGAGCAAAUGGCUGAUUUACUAUGAAGAUGAAGAAACCGUUAGAGUUUUUAAAACGAAUCCGUUAUGGCUACAUUAUAGUCAAUGCCAUUGGCCACAAGAUAUUAAUAUUAAAGUUUGA